AUGGAAAGUGAAGCCGUCACACUGAGCGAGAUCACGGCCAACAAUGCCGAGGCUGUGAGGACGCAAGCACACGCCCAGAGGAGUUCAGCCAGUGUGGAGCCGACUAUUGCGUUGGUAAGAAGGGUCAGCCAGGUCUGCCACGGAGUGCUCGGCUCAGAGACGGCGGAGGCAGGCACCAGCUCAGGCGGGAGGCGCUCGAUGUCGAGCCAGUGGAACACGAUCAGAAGGGGCCAACUGGAGACCAGGCAGAGGAUCCCAGCGAUGCCGAAAAGAAGUGGCAUGCUGGGCAUGUCGCUGAGGUCGCUGAUCGAGGAUUCUGAUCUGGAGUUGUUCGCUGGUGUGACGGUUUCCAGCUUAUGGGAAAGAGGAAUAGUAACAGCAUAG